AAUAUAAACGUGAAAGGUUUGCAACCAGCAACAUGGAAACUUGUAAAUUGCUUAUUAAAAGCAUGCCCUGCGAAAUGGAGGAACUUGCUCAAUUAAUACAAGAACUAAAUCUCAUUAUACCCCGCUCUCUGAAUAACUUUGGCAGACGACGUGCCAUCUUGGAGUAUGUUAAUCCCGGCGAGGCUCAAUUGGCCUACAAUGAGCUCAAAGGCUUGGACAAUUUACUCGAUAAGCCCCUACGGCUGAGUCCAUUCGGCAAUAAGUCAUCCAAUACGGAGAGUAGCAAAAACAAAGCCAACAAAUCAUCACAGACAACAAAGAGCAAGCAGGACAAGAAGAAGCAGUUGCCGGCAGACUGCAGCCCAGAGGAACAGGUUGAGCUCAACAAACAAUUGGGUCUAAUUGAUACCAUAUACGUGGACGGUGGUGCACGACCAGAUCGAGCCAACGAGAACGAUCCCGACGAGGAGGCAAAUAUCACAGUUGAAACUGUGGGCAUUGGCGUUGCUCCGGCUAAGGUCAAAAAGGUACGCAAAUCAAAGCAAUUGGCCAUGCAGCCCUAUAGUUAUGUAAUUGCUGUGGAUUUCGAGGCCACAUGCUGGGAGAAACAGGCGCCACCACAAUGGCGAGAGGCAGAAAUUAUAGAAUUCCCUGCCGUUUUGGUCAAUUUGAAGACUGGCAAAGUUGAAGCUGAAUUCCACAAAUAUAUCAUGCCCAUUGAGUCGCCGCGUUUGAGUAGCUAUUGCACCGAGCUGACCGGGAUUCAACAAAAGACUGUCGAUAAUGGUAUACCCCUGCAGACGGCCCUGAUGAUGUUCCAUGAAUGGUUGCGCAAGGAGCUGCGGGCCCGCAAUUUGGUUUUACCCAAAAUGAGUAAAUCGAAUAUAUUGGGCAAUUGUGCUUUUGUCACCUGGACGGAUUGGGAUUUCGGCAUUUGCCUGGCCAAAGAGUGUUCAAGGAAACGUAUGCGUAAAGCUGUCUAUUUCAAUCAAUGGAUUGAUGUUCGUGCCAUUUACCGGGAAUGGUAUAAAUAUCGUCCAUGCAACUUUAGUGAUGCUUUGGCCCAUGUCGGCUUGGCCUUUGAGGGACGUGCUCAUUCUGGCAUCGAUGAUGCUAAAAACUUGGGCUCACUUACAUGCAAAAUGGUACGAGAUGGUGCCCUAUUUGCCAUCACCAAAGAUCUAACGCCAUAUCAGCAGCUCAAUCCGAAUUGUGUUUUGUGAACUGGAGCUGCAUUGAUUUGAUCCCUCCAAGUAGUUAAAAAAAAAACAAAAAAAAAAAGAAAUGUUAAAACUAAACCAACACA